GCUUCAGAGAGGCAGACACUGUGUCUACAUAAAUGGCAAUCACAUCUUCUGUGCCUCUUAACUGUCACUGUGGAGAGGAGAGAGAGAGGACAGAGAGCAAGUCACUCCGGGCUGCCUUUUUCACCUCUGACAGAGCCCAGGCACCAUGAACACAAGUGAAUUCCGAAGGAGGGGGAAGGAGAUGGUGGAUUACGUGGCCAACUACAUGGAAGGCAUCGAGGGACGCCAGGUCUACCCUGACGUGGAGCCUGGGUACCUGCGGCCGCUGAUCCCUGACUCUGCCCCCCAGGAGCCAGACACAUUUGAGGACAUCGUCAACGACAUUGAGAAGAUAAUCAUGCCAGGGGUGACGCACUGGCACAGCCCCUACUUCUUUGCCUACUUCCCCACGGCCAGCUCAUACCCGGCCAUGCUCGCGGACAUGCUGUGCGGGGCCAUUGGCUGCAUCGGCUUCUCCUGGGCAGCAAGCCCAGCAUGCACAGAGCUGGAGACCGUGAUGAUGGACUGGCUCGGGAAGAUGCUGGAGCUGCCAAAGGCAUUUUUGACUGAAAAAGCCGGGGAAGGAGGAGGAGUGAUCCAGGGAAGUGCCAGCGAAGCCACCCUGGUGGCCCUGCUGGCCGCUCGGACGAAAGCGAUCCAUCGGCUGCAAGCAGCGUCCCCAGAGCUCACACAGGCCGCUAUCAUGGAGAAGCUGGUGGCUUACUCAUCCGAUCAGGCACACUCCUCAGUGGAAAGAGCUGGGUUAAUUGGUGGAGUGAAAUUAAAAGCCAUCCCCUCAGAUGGCAACUUCGCCAUGCGUGCGUCUGCCCUGCAGGAAGCCCUGGAGAGAGACAGAGCGGCUGGCCUGAUUCCGUUCUUUACUGCCCCACGCACCGGCACCAUACCAGCCCUGGAGGUGUGUGGUGAGCCGUGGUCCCUUUCCUCAUGGCAUGGUUCAUGGUGGGGAAGACAGGUGGUUGCCACCCUGGGGACCACAACGUGCUGCUCCUUUGACAAUCUCUUAGAAGUCGGUCCUAUCUGCAACAAGGAAGACAUGUGGCUGCACGUCGAUGCGGCCUACGCAGGCAGUGCAUUUAUCUGCCCUGAGUUCCGGCACCUUCUGAAUGGAGUGGAGUUUGCAGAUUCAUUCAACUUUAAUCCCCACAAAUGGCUAUUGGUGAAUUUUGACUGCUCUGCCAUGUGGGUGAAAAAGAGAUCAGACUUAACGGGAGCCUUUAAACUGGACCCCACUUACCUGAAGCACAGCCAUCAGGAUUCAGGGCUUAUCACUGAUUACCGGCACUGGCAGAUACCACUGGGCCGAAGAUUUCGCUCUUUGAAAAUGUGGUUUGUAUUUAGGAUGUAUGGAGUCAAAGGACUGCAGGCUUAUAUCCGCAAGCACGUCCAGCUGUCCCAUGAGUUUGAGUCACUGGUGCUCCAGGAUCCCCGCUUUGAAAUCUGUGCGGAAGUCACUCUGGGGCUUGUCUGCUUUCGGCUGAAGGGUUCCAACAAAGUGAAUGAAGCUCUUCUGCAAAGAAUAAACAGUGCCAAAAAAAUCCACUUGGUUCCAUGUCACCUCAGGGACAAGUUUGUCCUGCGUUUUGCCAUCUGCUCUCGCACUGUGGAAUCUGCCCAUGUGCAGCGGGCCUGGGAGCACAUCAAAGAGCUGGCGGCCGACGUGCUGCGAGCAGAGAGGGAGUAGGAGUGAAGCCAGCUGCAGGAAUCAAAAGUUGAAGAGAGAUAUAUCUGAAAACUGGAAUAAGAAGCAAAUAAAUAUCGUCCUGGCUUCGUGGAACCGAGUCUGUCUGUGGCUUCCCAUGUCUUUCUCCAAAGUUAUCCAGAGGGCUGUGAUUUUGUCUGCUUAGUGUCUCAUCAACAAAGAAAUAUUAUUUGCUAUAUAAAAAGUUAAUCUUUGUGGCCAUAGCUUUUAUUCAUCAGCUGUGAUUUUUGUUGAUUAAAACAUCAUAGAUUUUCAUGUUCCUGUAGCCAUCAGAAGUGGCAAGAAAGCCUCACUGACAUAUUUUCCAGGGCAGUCUAUGUUCAUGCAACUUGAAAUUAUAUCUGUGGUCUUUAAAUUGUCCUUUGUCAUGUGGCUAAAUGCCUAAUAAACAAUUCAAGUGAAAUA